AUGGCUCCCUUCAUUUGGCCAGCCCGAACCCAGGCAGAGUUGACAGCUUCUGUCGCCAGAGAUGUUGACCUGUAUGACCAGGACACCAAGAACUUUCUCGGCUACCCUCGCAAUCUUUUGGUUGACCCGUACGUCGAGGAGCAGCUCGCCAAGUUGAGCAAAUGCCACAUUCACAAUGUGGGCGACUACGAGGCCGGUUCUCAGUAUCCCCUCCAGGCAUUCGACAAAGAAACCAUCGUACUCGAAUUCUUCAAACACCUCUGGGGAUGCAAGGGCAAGGAAUAUAAGUUCUGGGGCUAUGUCACUGCAAACGGCACCGAAGGCAAUCUCUGGGGCGCAUAUGUCGGAAUGAGGGUGCUCUCAGCCAAGCACAAACGCCCACCCGUCAUCAUCUGCAACAAGGAGGCUCAUUACUCCUUCGAUAAGGCAGCCGCCAUGUAUCGCCUCGAACUCGAAUUGGUCGACACCAACUCCGACGGCUCCAUCGACAUCGCCAAGCUUGAGCACGCUCUCAAGAAGCACGCAGGGGUCCCCAUCAUUCUGGGCUUGAUGAACGGCACGACCGUCAAGGAAGGCCGUGACGACAUUCCUGCGGCUCUCCAGGCGAUUGCAGACACCGGACGCCCGCGAGAUAACUUUUACGUCCACGUCGACGCUGCCUUCAGUGGCGUAUAUCUUCCCCUCGUCGACGCGUCUCCCGCCAUCACUCCAGGGUUUCAGCACGACAUCGACGGCAUCUCUGCCUCGGGUCACAAGUUUAUCGGAAUGCCGACGACAUGUGGCGUUAUCCUGAUGAAGCGGGAGCAUAGUGACAUCGCUACCAAGGCUGUCGAAUAUAUUGCGUCCAAGGACAAAACUAUGGGAGGUUCGCGAGACGCGCACGCCAUCUACGAACUCUGGCUUCUGAUUGAACGUUAUGGAGCAGACAAAUUGAGGCAGUGGGCGAUCGCCUGUAUCGCCGAGGCGCAGACGAUGGCUCGGAAGCUAAGGGAAGCCGGACUUGAGAAUGUUCUUCUCAACCCUCACGCCCUCACGGUCUACUUCCCCAAGCCGUCGGAAAAGCUUAUCCACAAGUACCAUCUGGCUUGUCAGGGAGAUUUCGCUCACACCAUAACCUGUCCCCACACGUUGGAUAAGAGCCUCGGGGGAUAUGCUACUGCGGCUCGGUUCACGGUGGAGUAUAUUGCAGAGUUGCGCGCUGCUCAGUGA